AUGUCUGGCAUUUCACGAGUCGGCAAACUAUUACUACCACGUACUGCUUUAUUGUUAUGCGAUAUACAAGAAAAAUUUCGUCCAACUAUUAGUCAUUUUGAUGCAAUUGUCGAAACUUCUAGUCGGAUGUUAACAGCUGCUCGUAUGCUAGGAAUGCGUAUUUUAGUCACUGAAAUGUACCCUAAAGGCCUAGGUCCUACUGUUAAAGAGUUAGGAGAUUUAAAUGGUAUCCCCAUCAUUUCAAAGAGAUCAUUUACUAUGCUAACAGAUGAAGUAGCCAAUAUUUUGGAGCUGCGAAAACAAAUUGAUUCUGUAUUAUUAUGUGGUAUUGAAACACAUGUUUGUGUUCAGUCAACUGCAUUAGAUUUAAUUGAACGUGGGAUACAAGUUCAUUGUAUUGUAGAUGCUGUGUCUUCACGAAAUAUGGUUGACAGAAUGUUUGGAUUUCAACGAAUGAGUCAAUCAGGUGUCUAUUUGACUACAUGUGAAUCAGCUCUAUUAACCAUACUCUGUGGUUCUGAUCAUCCUCAAUUUCGUGAUGUUCAAAAGAUUAUUUUAAAGCCUAGUCCAGAUAGUGGUCUAUUAACUGGACUCAAUACACUAAAAAUUAGUUAA